AUGAAGCUGGAAAAAAAGUUGAUUUAUCUGGAGUCGGAAGUUGAUAAAAUAAACAUAGAAGGUUUACAAAGGACUAAAGAUGAUGUUGUCGUUGAAACAGUUCAAGAUCUAUUUAAAGCCAAAGAUUUUCAAGAAGUCAUUAUAAAUGCGCACAAAGUUCGUGGAAAAUUAGAAAAAUUGGGAUGUUUUCAAAACAUUGGGAUUUUUAUUGAUACAAGCACAGGUGCAGAAGCUACAUUGGAUGGAUUGGAGGUUACAUUUUUUGUAAAAGAAUUAAAACGAAUGAUUGGGGGUGCUAAUACAAUGGUCGGAAACAAUGAGGGAUCGCUUGUGGUUAGUUUAAGAGCACCAAACAUGUUUGGAAGAGGGGAAAAAUUACAAGCAGAAUAUUCAUAUGGAUCAAGGCGUACAAACAAUUUGAGUUUAUCAUUUGUAAAACCUUUAAGAACGAAAUAUGACGCCAUGUUUACAUCAUCAAUAUUUCAACACGGAUCCGAUUGGCCUUGGUCUGGAUAUAGAGUUAUAGAAAGAGGAGUAUUAUUCGAUUUAGUCAUAAAAAUAUUACAGUUAAGACAUAAUAUACAGUAUGAGGGUGCUUGGAGAGAAAUGGGAACUAGUUCUAGAAGUUCUGCAUUCGAUGUAAGGCAAGAAUCUGGUCAUAAAAUUAAAUCUGCCCUUCGACAUAUUUUAACAUUUGAUAAAAGAGAUGCCCAAAUUUUUCCUUCGUCAGGUACACUUUUUAGGUUUACAACUGAAUUAGCCGGUCUUGGUGGCGACAUUAAAUUCCUUAAAAAUGAUUUUUUUGCUCAGUACAAUUUUCCGUUAAUUGCCGACAUGGUACUUCAAGCAACGUUACAAGCCGGGUAUUUACAACCGUUGGGAGACGGCGAAGCUGUUGGCCUCCCUGAUAAAUUCUACGUGGGGGGCCCUAUGAGCGUACGUGGAUUUGAAACAAGAGGAGUCGGUCCUCGUUCGGAUGGCAACGCAACAGGAUCGAAUGUUGCGUUAGCUGGUGGCCUUCAUUUAUAUACUCCGUUGCCUUUCAGACCUGGAAAAGGAGGUUUUGGCGAUCUUUUUAGAGUUCAUUUUUUUUUAAAUAUGGGACAAUGCAAGGAAUAUGAAUUUGGUAAUGGUGUUACGGAAGAUGUAAAAAACAUACUCGACGGAUAUAGAUUGUCAUACGGAUGCGGUUUAGCUUUAAGAUUGGGUCAAUUAGCCAGAGUAGAAUUUAAUUACGUAAUACCACUUAAAGCACAAGAUGCCGAUGUUACCGCUGAAGGUUUUCAGUUUGGAGUCGGUCUUCAAUUUCUAUAG